AUGCAAUCCGCUGGACAAGAUCCGUGGCAGUUUGGCAGCCUCGGCAGAAACCCUUCUCCCGGCACCUUGAGCGGUCCCAUCUUCCCUUUGCCCUAUGACGGGUCGUAUUCGCAGGCCGUCUAUGCGCCGACUUCUACUUGGACAGAACGCCGGGCUCGGCUGGCCAAGGAGCCUUUGUGCCGAGCGACCAACCCGACGCGAAGCGGACACGGCGCGGUGGAACGCCGCCUGCAGCAGCCGCAACCGCAGCAGCCCCAGCAAACCGGGCCGACGAGCAUGUGGGACGGCUACUCGACGGCCGCACCGCCCGCGGCCACGACGCGCUACACCAGAGGCAACCAAGGCACCAUGGCCAACAGUGGGUCCUCGGCCUUUAUGGGCCAAGGGCCUUUUACCACCUCGGGCAUUGCCGGCGCCUCCCCCAGGGGCACCAAACGCGGUGCCAGCCCCAGCUCUUUUGUCGAAGACGAAGGCCACGACUACAGCGAAGAGGAGGACGGACAGGAGUGGGCAGAGGACGUUUACGACGAUGGCGCCGAGUACGAAGAGGACUACAUCGACGAACAAGGCUCCGAGUCUGACGAUGACGACGCGCAGGACGACCGUCUGUUUUCGCGCCCGAGUGAACGGCGCCAAACGAGUCCGGGCUUUAUGAGGGCGGCCCUCCUCGAAGCCCAAAGAGGCCGCCAGGAUAUGUGGCUCCUGCCACCGGCUCCGACGUCGUCCUUGCACCUCCCCUCGCCGCCUCGAGGUUCACCCGCCGUGGAGCUCGACGCGUUCGGCCAGCCCCUCUUUGGGUCGAGGUCUCUGCGUCGAUCGCCCACGGUGCGCAGUCCCCAGCAGCAGCAGCAGCAGCAGCAGCAGCAGCAGCAGCAGCAGCAGCAGCAGCAGCAGCAGCAGCAGCAGCAGCAGCAGCAGCAGCAGCAGCAGCAGCAGCAGCAGCAGCAGCAGCAGCAGCAGCAGCAGCAGCAGCAGCAGCAGCAGCAGCAGCAGCAGCAGGUUCUGCCUGCCGUGUGCAGGGCCAUCCAGGACGGCACCGCUACGGGCCGUGAUGUCAACCGCGUGCUCGGUGCGGCCAAGUUGGCAAAGGGUGAGGAGCCGUCGCUGGACGAACCGAAAGGGAUGUAA